GGCAGCCUGUUACAGUGCUAAGAUGUUCCAGUGUUUUAGAUGGUUCGAAGCAAAAUGGCUUCAAGCAGUAAAGUCUGUGGUGCUUCACAGGUUGUGUUUUGUUUUUUUUUAGUGUUGAAACACAUAAAGAAUGUGUAUUUUUGUUUGUAUCAGUGCAUGCAGUUUUGGUCAUUACUACUUAUUGAUGAUUUAAAGUAUGUGUUCAUAUUCUUAAAUUUCCUCUGAGCACAGAAAUGAAAAUGUUUCUCACUUAAGUACUGACAGAUAACAUAAGCUCUCCGUUUUGCCUGGCACUGAAUGAUGUCUAACACAGUAUUUCAGGUUUUAUUUGUAAUAUGCACACUAAUAACCAGUGGUCAUCAGUUUCUUAACUCUUCCUACUCACUGCAAUGUCUCACAGAAUGUCCUCCUUGAUAUGAUCCUUUGGAAGGUUGUGUUCAAUCGAGACAAACAAGGAGAAUAUCGCCUCACCAUACCCCAGCCGCCUCAGGAGGCUGUGGAUCGUCGUGGAGUCUGUUUCCUUUCUUCCCUGUUUGGUUAUAGAGAGAAGACACCAAAAGCCAAGUAUAUGCAUCUAGCUCAGGAACUGCUGGUUGAUCCAGAAUGGCCACCAAAACCCAGAACAACAACAGAAGCUAAAGUACCAUCCCAAGAAAACGGCUCAUAUCAAAUCAUCACUUUAACGUAACAGUGGAUCUUAGUGGCAUGUGUCUUUAGAACUGAGAAGAAUGUAACUUUUAGGCUUUAUUUGAAAUUGCAGCAUCCUAAACUUUAAGUUCUAAUGCCGAUUUUUUUCCAGCUCUUUCAUCUCUCUGAAUACAAAGUUCAGAGCCUGACAUUUUAUGGCUGUACAUUUUAAAAAUGUAGGCGGCUACCUUAGGCAGAAGAAAAAUGAUUGUUUCCUUCCACCUUCUUUCAAACUUCAUUAUUCCUUAAUGAGAUGUAUUUGAAGAGUUAAACUGCAGGGCAGUUGAAGAGGUUCAUUUUGUUUGCCUGAAGUAUCUCAAUCAUUGUUCUGAUUUCCUUACAGGGACACGUGUUAAUUGUAAGGUCUAUGAUGUAAUGGUUUCAUGAUAGUACUAGAGGCAUGUAAUAACUUUGUCAUACCCUUAUUUGUUUUGUUUUCUAAUAUUCACUGCUGAAAAGCUUUGUGCCCCAAAGGGUACUAAAGUAUUGGUGUGUGUACCUCUAAGUUUGUCCCUGCUGGUAAGGAGUGUUUCCAGCUGUAAAUGUUUGGAUUUGAAGUUUAGUUCUUUACCACAGCGGGAACUGGGGAUGCACAAGCAAUAUGCUCUGUCUUCAAGAAGAAAGCGUGUUGCUUUUGAGUGGGUUCUUAGCUGCUUUCCUCGCUAACCCUUGAGAAGGACUUCAGUGGACUUCAGAGAAGGAGGCAUUUGGCCAUACUCUCAAAGUUUUCAGAGAAUCUAACACUGCUGUCUCAUAUUUUAGUGUCUUUAGCUAUGCAUUUCUCCACAGACCUUGCUUUUUUCCAGCAGAUGGGCUAGAUUAUCACUUUGUGGACCAUGUUUUAUUUGUAAAUCUUAAAGUAGUUUUCCUAUUAUCUUGAAGUAGUAAGGCCAGAGCUGUUGCUGCAAUGGAUGUAGUGGGAGGGAGGAAUAUUUUCACAUGCCCACGCUUGGAUUUGUGCAUGUUAAGAACAUAUGCAUUUCAAAGAGGCUGCUAGUGACUUAAAGUAACUUAAGCACUAUACGUAGCUGUAUGAAACAAAAUUAAGAGAAAAUAGGUGAGCUAAAUUCUGUCUUGCUGCAGAGCUAUGAAGCUUAUAAUGGAUAUCAUUAAAAAAAAAAAAAACACCAAAAAACUAAACCUUGUGUCACUAAUGAUGCUGCUUAAGCACUUGGUAUAGCGAUGCAUCUUUUUGCCAGUAGGUGGUGUCACAACACAAGACCACUAGAAAAAUAGAUCUGCGAGAAUGUAGAGGUAGGCAUGGGUUUUUGUUGUUGUUGUUUUUAAUAAUGGACAAAGUACUGAUCUCCAAACCAUCUUCAGCUUGCUGAACUUUCAGAGAAAUCUAUGGUGUCUUUGAGAAGAUGAUAAAAAUACUGACUUUGAUCAGUAUGUUCUGGCCAGGUGAAACUGACUGAUUCAUACUCCUUCCUCUGAGAAGGGAUCUCAGAUCCAGAGAAGUCAUAAUCCUUUAGAGAAGGAACUUGUGUCCUUUAGAGGACUAGUGUGAAAAAUGGAAGGAGGGCCCUGAAUAUCCCUGACUGACUGGCAUUAGUUUGAGCUGUGUGUAUUCUGAUUUGAUUUUUUAAAAUUCCUGUGGAGAUGAUUCCAGAAUUAUUCUAAUAAAUUGAUUUUUUUAUUCAGGUUGUGCCUAAUUUCCCCGCGCUGUGCUGUAGGGCAGUAUAGGCAGCAUCCCCCCACUGCUCACAUUACAGUUUCUGCAGUGUUGAAUGUACUGUGCCAAUGGGGAAUUUAUAGUGGUGCUAAAUGGUUUGGAAGACUUCUGCUGGAACUUGGGGGUUUAAGCUAUUAGCACUUACUGGUCAUAAAUAUGCUUAUGUGCUAUCCUCCUGUCCAGCUGUCAACUCUUUUCCUGAUAUUUUUGUUUGGUUUUGGGGGUGGAGUAAGAAUAAGGGGAAGUGGUUUUCUUAGCGUUCAUUCAGCAGAGCGAUGUAAAAGUCUUAUUUUCCUGGCUUCUCAGUGUCACAAACAUCGGACAGCAUUGGUAGCUUUAAGGGGUCUGAGAUCAUGAACAUGGAUAAGCUCAUUAAUCAUGAACCUGAGUCAGUUGGCCAAUUUUUGUCAGUGCUGAUUUUAUGAAAUCUCUGUAGCAUGGAGUAAUCGACGAAGAAUAAUUCUAAGCUGCGUAAGUAGUAUUCAAAUUUAAAGAAAUCCAUUUUAGCUUACAACUGUUGUGAAGCUAUGCAUCUUGGACCUGGGAGCCCUUCAACGCAUAAGCUUCUGUGCUCCGUUUCCUUGAUCACUUUAGAUUGGUUGUUCCAUCAGAAGUGAAAGAUAAAGAAGUCUUUCCCUUUGAUAUGCAUUUGCUUCAUGCUUUCUCUGAUCUACUGAUUUCUCUCAGCUUAUUUGGUUUAUGAAGCUAGUAUUUCAAUCAUUAUUCUAAUUUGUUAGAUGUACGUAGGGAGUGAGGAGGGAAUGACUUAUUCUUGUUUCCAGAGAACGUGCUAAGGAGCUCUUAUUAAUAAAACCAAAAUUGCCAAGUGUUCUCUACUUAAUUGAGUGGCUGAUGGGUCACGAACCUAUUGCACUUGAACAUUUUGCAAACGGAAGCUAGGUUUCUUCAAGGUUUGCGUUCGGAAUCACUGAAUGGUCUUGAGGUUGCAUGCUUGAGCUCUGACCUAUUUGCUUCUGCCAUCUAGUCAAGGUUAAUAAAUCAGCUUUUCCUAAAACUUCUCUUGUUGUAACGGCAGCCACAAAAUAAGCUUUUGCAUCCUCUACAAUUACUGGGUUCGAUGCCUUUCUGCCCAAGAGCUGAAUUUGGCCACCUAUAAUUUUUCUCAUUUUGAGCAGUUUAAUUUUUCUGGUUUACAGAAAUGCAAGCAACUGCUCUGAUGUAAGAUGAAAUUCAUGUUGUAGUGCAAAAUCUCUUCUAGUGUUCAUCUUGGAAGUCUAAAUUUGGACGAACAGACCAAUUUAGUGAGCUCCAAUAGAUAUUUAGUAGACAUUUUCUUCCUGCUGUAUAUUUGGGCCUUAUGUUGAGGAGUUUGAUUUAUUAUUAAAUUAUUUGUGUAUGCAGACUUUAAUCUGUACGUAUUUUACUUUAAUGUAUUAGGAUUUGUAAAUAAACUGAUUUUUGAAUAUUAUUUAUACACAUACUUAAAGGACUGGUCUACCCAGACAAGCAAUUGCUGAGUAAUAAAUGUUACUUUUUAGAAUUAAAUCGCAAGAUCAUUAAAUUGUAUAUCCCUCAGGGUUAUUUUUAAAGGUUUUUUUUCUUCCCUUUGGAUUUAAUUAGCAGUAACUAGUUUCACAUAAUAUAGAGCUAAAUCUACUGUAGAAAGAAAAUGCUGCGAUCAACGUUUGAGUAGAAGCAGCUCAAACUCCUACAGAACUGACUCUCCACAUUCAUUGUAACUUUAAAUUGGGAACUUUUACUGUUGCACUUUUAAGAAGUUGUUGAAUUUUUAAUUCUAUUUAUUUUUUUUCCUUUGUGAAGGUUGUGCUGAGCAGACAUCCCAAAUUGGGUAAAUACUCCUGUACUGCGUAUGUGUAUACAGCAUCAUACUAAGCAGAUGUGGAGUCCUUUUUUUAUGCUGCAAAUGUUUACUGCUUAUGUUGGUCAUCAUUGCAAGAGCUGAAGUUCUGUAGGAUUUCUCCCAUGAAAUUCUGAAUUGUAAAACUUAGGUUUUUGUAUGUCUAAGGGAAAGCUGUGGGGUUUUGACAGUUUUUAAGUCUUGAAUAUGUUGAUUUUAUACAGUAAAGCUUCAGGUUUUUAGAUCUAUUUUCAACAAACUGCAUCUUCUUUGAUAAUUAUGUGAGCUGGAAAUUACUCAAUUCAUCAUGAAUUCCUCAAUCCUAAUACAGAUUAAAAGAAUCAUCAUGACAGCACUCUCUAGAAGCUCAGCCUCCUUUUUAUUUUUAAACCUGAAAUGAUUCUGCAUCUUUGUAUUUAAAAUAUGUAUUGCUGCUCUAGAAUGGUACCCUGUCAAGAGGCAUACAUAAAUAAUUGUAUAAUAGAAUUGUAAAUAGUCUUGUAAAUCAUUUUUGUGACUGAAACUCUUUGAAAAUAAAAUUAAAACAAACAGAUAUUUUUAACUCUUUUCAUUAGUUUCAUGAAAUUCUUUUUAAUCACUCAUUAUACAAUUAGAUCUAAUGCAGGGGGUGGCGAAGAAUGUAGGCUUAACUCCUACUGACGUCAGGAAUUAUCCUGUUCAGAUCCUUCAUGUUCUUGAAGCUGGGAGCAGUGCAGUGAGCGUGCCACGUGCUGGCGCUGCGUGUGACAGUGCUGCUAUCUGUGUUAGGGUAACGGUGAUCUCAGUUUCACCUGGCGGCGUAUAAAAGCCAUUUAAAAGCCAGACCUAGAGGUGAGAGAUUCAUUCCCACUCUCUCUAUCCAAAUGGUCUUCCUGACCUUUGCAGUGUGAGACGCAUUAUCUUAAAGAGAUUCUUGCAUGAAUGCUCCUAGCUCUGAGCUGUUGCCGUUGUCACAGUCAUCUUCAGAGAAACCAUGCUGAAGUGAAGGUAUCUUUUCCAUCCGGCAGCUCAUGCUCUGUUUAAACAUUUAUUGACAGUGCAUGUUAUUUCCAGGUUGAAAACAAGGUGUUUCAAAUGCCUGGUUAACAAAGGACUUAAUUACAAAAAAUUUCAAACGAAGAUUUUGGUAACUAACACCUUUUUUCUCUUCAGAAUCUUUCAGGCUUUAGGUUUUGUUGGUCUAUGACUGUAGAAGACCUGAAGGAAGAACGGAAGCCAAGUGGAUCAGCUCUGAUCUGCUUAGCCAAAGCAUUCCUCUCAUUGCUUUGACUCCAAUCCUGUGUGAAGGUAAAAGAGCAGCCUUGUGAAGGUACUUAUCAAUUGCACUCGAUUGUUUGAAAUGGCUGCAUUUAUUCCUACAGAAUCUAAUGGAUCUGUUUAGUAGACUGCUGUGAAGUGUCUAACAAGUUUGAAAUUUCUUUCCAAUCAUAAUUCAUGUUGAAAUUCAGAUUUCUGACUAACCAAAUUUGUUUUGUGCUUGUUUGGGUACACAUUCUGCUGUCAAAGGUAUCUUGUGUUGUUGGAUUUGUUGAGACUUCAAAUUUUCUCCUGUUUCCUGAAUGACCUCAGCUUCUUUAGGAGUUUCAUACAACCUGUGGAAACGAGUUGCUUCCACAGCUUGGUGUAGGCAAAAAAAAGGCUCUGAAGCUUGAAAUGUUCAUUUGCUGUUCACAGCAGUUAGCAGAUGUGAGUGAAGUACUGUUAUCUAGAGGAUGCAUUUUGCUGUUUUACUUUCCAUUUCAAGAGCAGAGUCAUGGUGAAGCCUGAUUGCCUGCUGUGCUUCUAAGAAGUUUCUCUAAAAAGCAGAGAAGUUUCUAAGGCACUGUUCAAAACUGCGUUCUUGCAAGUUUCCAAAUUAAUUUGAGGAUGAACAAAAAGUUAGCAACCAUGAUAAACAGUUACGAAUGAUGGCAGUUACCAGGUGAGAUAAGAUUCCCAGAUUGUAUGGAAGCUUCUUGUUUGACAAAAAGAACUUUGGAAGUUUGGUAUCUUGAGGCUUUUUUUUUCCUGCCUUACUGUGUCAUUCCAAGAGGUCUGCAAAGCCCAGUGGGAGCGAGCUUUGCAGCACACGUUGCCGGUUGAUAACACCACGUGCCAUUUGCUUUCCUUCUCUAGGAAGAGAUGCUAAUUUUACCAGUCUUCAGUUCCCCAAACUAAACCAAGAAUUUUUUUUUUUUAAUUGUCCCUGUUAAUUUUACUUUGAUGCAGCAGCUGGUUUUGAUCGAUAGUUUUAUGCUCUUGUCAUCAGUUCAGGCACAAGAGAAGCACAUGAGAAUUUGAGACCGCUAUCCUCUUUCAGCCCUACUUACUCCCUUUUAAGUGAUCAGGUUUGUACCCACAUCUGUUUGUCAGGCUGGUUUGGGUGAGCUUCAUCCAUAUCCCUUAAAAACAAAAAUAAGAUGUGGGUAUGCUGGGAUGGUGUUCUCCCAUCUCAGUGCUCCUGGUGCUGAAGACUGACACAGUUACAGCAAUUCCAGUCAUGUCUGUGGCAAUCUCAGCUGCUGCUUCUCCUGUGCUUCAGCCAGUUCCUUGAUGUUCAGGUUUCUGAUGUACUUGGACUUGUUGAUUUUGCUAAGGAAAUAAAUGUAAACUGUGAAGGGUUUCUGUUUGACUUGGUCUUUCAAAUAUUAUCAUUACAGCUACAAUGGUUUAAUGAUUGCUUUCCUGUUUGGGAAUUGAUGCAACUUGCAGUUUUGAGUAUGUUUCAUGCAGAUCUACCUUUAUUCGUCCAGCUUUCUAGCUGAGGUCACAACACUUCAUUCCUUCCCUUUCAUUAUUUUUAAUACUUCAGUAAUGUGGAGUAGUGUUAAGUUGUUGAAGUGAGACUUGCUGAUUAUCAGACGCUUAUGGCCAUCCUUUGUUAGAUAAGUUCUUGUGUAUUUUUUUCAAAAAUAGCCUGUUGCUUCUUGUGUGUUCUUGAGCUUUUCCAAGAAGUGAUCGCUUCCAAGUGCUGAGAAAUGGUUUUACAGAGCUCUGAGGUGUGUUGAAUUUGGCCAUAUAAUAUUGCAAGAGUUGUAGGAUGCCCUUUUUACCUCUGUUAUCUAUUUUUGCAUGCUAAAACUAUACUUUUAGGUAACCUACAAUAAAAAUAUUAUUGGCUCAGGGCUGUCUGAUCUUUUAAGACUUUUUCCAUAUAACUUAGCAAUGAUACCUUUCAGUUCAAAUAAAUACAUCUUUUGACGAUUUAAGCGGUUUCAUUGUGAUUGUCAUAUGCUUUAGUCAUCCUUGGCUGCUACAAAUAGUAAUAAGGGGUACUUGAUUUACAGAAGAGCUUUAUCUGUACUUCUCAGUAUAAGCUGAACUCCUUCAAAAUAUUUGCAGUCAGCAGCAAUAGAUUUUGAAGUUGGUUUUCAAGCCAAGAGAAAUUUCAGAUUUUAUGGUAUAUUCAUACAGCUUUGUCUGCUAUGUUACUAGCUACCUGUGAUCAAAUUCUGACACUCUCUCAUCUCUUGUAACAGCUAAUGUUUCUGGUGUUUCAGCAAGAAUGUUGGUGAUUCGUUUGUCAGUGGUGAUCAAGCUUUUCUUCCAGCUGGAGGCAUCUGUUUGUCCUGAGAAAUGCGACUGCUCUUUCAAAAAUGCGAUUCAUUGCUCUGGUCCUCGCAUAAAAGACCUGGAAUCAUUAAAUCUUCCUUGCAAUAUGACAAAAAUUCACAUAACAAACACUAAUGUAACAUAUGUGCAAGAUGUUUUCGCUGGGAUGGGAGAACUGCAGCAUCUCAUCUUGUCUUCAAACAAUAUCGCUCUGAUUUCACCGGUGGCAUUUAAAGGCUUGAGAAGGCUGAAAGCCCUCAAACUGCUAGAUAACAAUCUGGUUGAACUUCCUCCAGAUGUGUUCAAUGACACGGUACAACUUCAGCAACUGAUCAUUGAAAAUAACAGGCUGAAAUCCAUCCAAGAGAAUCUGUUUGACAGACUAGGCAGUUUGGAGGAGCUUUUCUUGAACAAAAACCAACUAAGAUCACUUCCCAGUGGUGUGCUGAAGAAACUUGCCAAACUCAAAGUACUGAAUUUGUCAAGAAAUUCUUUGGCAGUGCUGCCUAGAAAUAUAUUUAGUGCAUUAACUAAGCUUGAGAAGCUGAUGUUGUACUUUAACAGGCUCUCUUCAAUAGAGUCUGGUAUAUUUGAUAGCCUGAGGGAGCUGCUGGAACUCUUUCUGCAUUCCAAUGACAUUCAGUCUAUUGCCCCUGAUGUAUUUCAUCACCUUCAUAAACUUAGAAGCCUAACGCUCUCCAGAAACAAGCUUGAGAUUUUGCCCCCUGGGCUCUUUCUGCACUUGCAUGAUCUGUCUAAAUUGACCUUAUAUGGGAACCCACUCAAGUCUCUUCCAGAAGUGUUGUUUGGAGAAAUGAGGAAUCUUGGUAGCCUGUGGCUGUAUCACACAAAGCUCUCAACGAUACCAGAUUUUGUAUUCAGUAACUUGACAAAUUUGGAGCUUCUUGUGCUGAGUUUUAAUCCGGAGCUUAGUGUUCUUCCUGAGAAUGUGUUCAGCGGUCUGAAAGAACUGCAGGGCCUUUCUCUGCAUACAAAUAAUAUUUCCAGUCUGCCAGAGGGCAUCUUCCAGAGCCUUCAGAAACUGCAGAACGUUUCCCUUUUCAGUUCCAGGCUUCAAGUUCUUCCAAGAAGCCUCUUCCACAAUCUCAAGCACCUCCAGAAAGUUUACCUCAAUAGUACUAAGCUGCAGUCUCUUCCUGAAGAUCUAUUUACCACUUUACCUGAGCUGCAAGAAGUCUACCUUAAUGACAACCCUUGGAAAUGUGAUUGCCAAAUUCUUGGCUUCCGAGAGUGGCUCCAGAAGAGCACAGAGGUCGUAAAAGAAGCACAAUCUCUAAUGUGUGACAGCCCACUCUCAUUAAGGAACAUCUCUCUUCUGGCUCUAACAGAUCACCACUUGAAGUGCCUGCCAACCACAGCCAUUACAUACCAGAUGUUCAAGUCCACUUAUUUCCAGACUUCGACUUCUCUUAUGAUGGAGCACUUGAAAUCAUCCUGGGAGACGACUGUAACAGCAGUGUCUGACAUAGAUACCAGCACAUCUACAUCAGUUCCAGUUGUAAGAGCAACUCCAGGUUUUACCUAUUCACACAUUCAAGAUGUUGAAGGCUCCGGCUCUCAUUUCUUAGAUGUUCCAACCCAAACUUCUCCCAACAUCUUAGAAACCAACAGCGUCAGAGGAACUGUUCUGACUACUCUUGCCCAGUGGGACGAAUUACCUGUUUACAGGAGUACCCAGCCCUAUUUUAGUACCAGAAUUGUUUGUUGUCAGCUAUUCUUGUGCCUUCACAGUUUGGUUUUAGCACUCCAGACUGUCAUUGUUGUGCUCAGUCUGUAUGUGGUGGUUAAAGCCAGGCAACUCUUGCACUCCAGACAUAUUCCUGCUCAGCCUGUAGUUCUCAUAAAAUUUGUAAAAUAGUAGAGAUUACCAGUCAAAGAAAGGAUUAGAAACGUUGCAAUGAAAGCAUUUUGAGCAUUUGGACAGUUGGCUUGGUUCAGAUACAGCUUACGAAUCUCCGCAGCAAGGACCACAAACACCUUUUCUCUACAGUAUAACGAAAAUGUGCUUUUAUCCACCUUAGCGUUUGCCCAAAGUGACUGUAGUCACUGCACAUUGCGAUGGCACUCGGUGUACACAACACAGAUGGGAAGCUGAAAGAAAAUCCGUGUCCACCUCCACACACAGCUCUGCACUUCGGUCAGCGUGCAUUGGGCUGCUGCCCUGCCCUGGGGAGGGCACUGCUGGCUGCUGUGCUCACACCACUCUGUAUGACUGGCUUGGGAGAGAGAGCUCUCCGUGGGCGAG